ACUUAUAACUAAACUCUUGGAAGAAGUAUAUCCAUUUGUGAAACUCCAAACUUGAAAUAUAUUUCUGCAUAUGAUUUGAAAUCUGCCAUUUAUCAUUCUCUCUUUAUCCAUCUCGGUGUCCAAGUUUGGUAGUAGUCAUGAGCUUCACAGAAAGUAGCAGUAACUUAUCAGGGUUUUUGGUCCUCCUGUUUUUCACUUUAUCCAUCACUAUCUCAUAUGGAACCAACACUCUAUCUACAAACCAGUCUCUGUCAGGAGACCUUACAAUCAUAUCCGAAGGUGAAAAAUUCGAGUUGGGUUUCUUCAAGGCAGGUAACUCUUUCAACUAUUACAUAGGCAUCUGGUAUAAGAAACUCUAUUCAAAUCCUCCUAUCAUAGUUUGGGUGGCAAACAGAGAUACACCCAUCACUGAUAGAUUCCGUUCAGAAUUAAAAAUCAUUGAUGGUAAUUUGGUGCUCUUGAAUGAGUCCAAGUUCCAGAUUUGGUCCACAAACGUCUCCACCACCACCACUUUGAAGUCUGCAAUAGCUGUUCUUCGUGAUGAUGGUAACUUAGUUUUGAGUGACAGCUCAAAUUCAGUUGAACCUGUUUGGCAAAGUUUUGAUCACCCAACACAUACUUGGUUGCCUGGUGCUAAAUUUGGUUAUGAUAAUAGAACAAAAAGGAACCAGGUUCUUACAUCAUGGAGAAGCAAAGAAGAUCCAGCUGUUGGACUCUUCUCUUUGGAGCUUCAUCCAUCUAGCAAUGAGUAUGUGAUCCAGUGGAAUGGCUCCCAUCAAUAUUGGACAAGCGGUUCUUGGAAUGGGAAAACAUUUGACUUAGUACCUGAAAUGACAUCGAAUUCCCUUUUUAAUUUCAGCUACCAUAAGAAUGAGAACGAGAGUUAUGUCACUUACACAGUGUAUAAUCCUUCCGUUACAUCUAGCUUCGUAAUAGAUGUUUCUGGUCAAGUUCAGCAACUAACAUGGGUGGAGACUGCCAAUGACUGGAAUUUGUUUUGGUCUCAACCUAAAACACGGUGUGAUGUCUUUGCUCUGUGUGGCGCCUUUGGGAUUUGUAGUCAGGCUGUAUCACAAUUCUGUAAUUGCUUCAUUGGCUUCAAACCUAGAUCAGAGAGUGAUUGGAAUCAGAGUGAUUUCUCCGGUGGGUGUGUGAGAAAAACUGAUUUGCAGUGUGGGGGGAACAUGGAAAAGCAAGAUUCUCUCAUGAUUAAAGCCAAGAGCUACCCACCUUCAAAUAUAACUCUGGAAGUUGGGAGUGCGGAAGAAUGUCGUACCACGUGUUUGAAGAAUUGCUCCUGUAAUGCCUACUCUUUUGUCGAUAAUCAGUGUUUGGUUUGGAAUGGAGAUCUCUUGAACCUAUCGGAAGAUAAUGAUAGUGGAAAAACAAUCUACGUGAAAGUCGCUUCUAAAGAUCUUCCACAUCAUACAAAGAGUUAUUGGGUCAUUGUGGGUGCUGUUGUAGGUGGGGCUUUUCUCUGGGGUCUGAUUUUGGUUUUAAUAUAUAGAAAAAAGAGAAUCUCAGUUGGAAAGACGACAAUGGAGGGAUCAUUGCUGGCGUUCACCUACAAAGAUUUAAAAGUAGCCACCAAAAAUUUCUCCCACAAAUUAGGAGGAGGUGGUUUUGGCUCUGUUUUCAAGGGGGUACUGCGUGAUUCAUCCACUGUAGCAGUGAAAAAGCUGGAAAGCAUAAGCCAAGGAGAGAAGCAGUUCAGGAGCGAAGUCAGCACAAUCGGAUCCAUCCAACACGUUAAUCUUGUACGCCUUCGUGGCUUCUGUUCUGAAGGGAGCAAUAAGUUGUUGGUGUAUGAUUACAUGGAAAAUGGUUCUCUGGACACCCAUCUUUUCCGAGGAAAACAAGUUUUAAACUGGAAAACGAGGUAUCAGAUUGCACUAGGAGCUGCAAAAGGGUUGGCCUAUCUUCAUGAGAAGUGCAGAGACUGUAUCAUUCACUGUGACAUAAAGCCAGAAAACAUUCUCUUAGGUGCAGAUUUCAGUCCAAAAAUUGCAGACUUUGGUCUGGCAAAACUUGUUGGUAGAGAUUUUAGUAGGGUUUUGACAACUAUUAGAGGGACACCCGGGUAUCUAGCACCGGAAUGGAUAUCAGGGUUAGCAGUCACAGCUAAGGCAGAUGUUUAUAGCUAUGGAAUGAUGCUUUUUGAAUUAGUAUACGGAAAACGAAAUGUGGUGCAUUGUGAUGAUUCAAGGAGUACAUUCUUCCCAGGUUUGGUUACGAAUGUUCUUAUGGAGGGAGGUGAUAUCCUUAGCCUGUUAGACAGUAGAUUAAAUAGGGAAGCUUGUGUUGAAGAAGUGACAAAAAUUUGCAAAGUUGCAUGUUGGUGUAUCCAAGAUGAGGAAGACAGUAGGCCUUCAAUGAGUUUGGUGGAACGGAUUCUUGAAGGGGUUUCGGAUGUGAGCAUGCCUCCGAUCCCCCAAAUUGUCACUUUAUAUGUUGAGAACAUGGAGGAUCCUGUUUUCUUCACUGAUUCACCUUCAAACAUGUGUUCAGUACUACAGAGCAAUUCUUCAGUUGAGGACUCCCAGUUGAAGGGCUCAUCUUCCUGAAGGUGAUUCUUUUUAUAUUCUCUGUUAUGUUUACAAUAGAUAUUGUAACGAGAUAAAAAUAAAUCAGUCAUUGACUUUUUGUUGGAAAUAGAUAGACUGAUAUUUUAAAA